GUUUCACAAACAGAAGAAAGGCUCAUAACCUUACAGUCGCCUAUUAAGGCGAAGACGCGGCCACCCUCCAGGGCAGUUAACUUUACUGAUGAGGAGGAAGAUCACCAGAAGUGGUGAAAGACCACAUGAUAAGCCCAAGCCAGUUCGCUCUGUAAAUUUCUCCAGCGCCAAGAAGCAUCAACAGCGGAAAAAAUCGGCGCGGAAGCGCGAGGGUCGCGGCCGGGCGCUACUGUCGCUGAUCGAGCUGUUCGAGCAGGACUUUGACCUGUUCGAGCUGGAGCCAGCCUCCUAUGACCAGAUCAUGGCCAACUUCGGCAAAUCCGGCAUGCAGCAGGGAACGUCUCAGACCAACGAGGACGACCUCACCGAGGAGCUGCAGACGGAUGAAGUCAAGAUGCGGGUCAAGUGGACCCAGCACCCGAUCCAGUUCGACGUCAAAGUGACGACCAACAACGAGGGCGAGGUUGUCAGCGGUCCGACCUACUACGACUACAUGGGGGUGGGCGGCGACAUGGAGGAGGACGAGGAGAACAUGGAGGACCGGCGCCAGAGCAGCGCCAUCAGACUCAACAAGUUCCUGGGCGCCGCUGGAUCGUGUAUGCUGAUGCUGUUGGAGGAGGAGCGGGCCCGCACGGCCCAGCCGGACAGCAAGUCAUCGGCUGGCCACCUCAACUUCACCAGCGCCUCGGUCCGGCUCGGGGACGGUAUAAAGGAGCUGCUGGCCGGCCGGUCGGUCUCCCACCUCAGCUUCUGCGACACGGACAACAAGCUGCUGGUCACGGCACACCGGGCACGGGCGGCCGCCGGUGGGGACUCCGCCGCCGCCGCGGCGCAGAAGACGGCAGACAAGCCGGACGAGGAGACGGCGCAGAAGACGGACGACGAGGGGUCCGCCGACGCGGAGGAGCCGGUAGUGGACCAGUACGGCUUGCUAUGUGUGUGGUCGGUGAAUGAGCCGUCGCAGCCGCAGAAGGUGCUGAUCACCUCCUCCCAGCCGGUCUGCUGCUGCUUCUCGCCCGUCAAGCCUCGCCUGGCGUUCGCCGGGUGCACCGACGGCUCGCUGGACGUGUGGGACCUGCACGAGCCGGCCUCGGAGCAUACGGGCCCACGGCGGCCGGCCGCCGGCGCCGCGCUUCGCUCGCCCACCUACAGCACGGCCGAGAUCCACCGGGCCGAGGCGCACACCGACCCGGUGGUGGCGCUGCGGCCGACGCUGAGAGUGGGGCGCGCCGUGUGGUGUGUGUCGGCCGGUGUCGACCUCUCUGACCGGCUGGGACGCUGA